ACUCAAGAUACCCAGCGUCGUCAAUUGCAGUCUAUCUACAGUUCAUUUUAUUCAUAUUUUAAUCCACCUAUUAUUCUACUGCCCAAUCCUCCGAUCUCAGAAGUCAAUCGCAUUCACAAUGAGCUGCACACGCCGCAUGACGCCAACAGACCUCUUCUCCCUCAAUCUCACAAACCUCGAUCCCUUAACCGAAAACUACGACCUGGGCUUCUACCUAAACUAUCUCAUGCGAUGGCCCUCGCUAUUCAGCGCGGUCCAGGAUCGAUCAGAGGGAAUAGUCGGAUACAUCAUGGGAAAACUAGAAGAACAACCCCCCUCCUUCCGAUCCUCCCCCCACUACACCCCCUGGCACGGCCACAUUACUGUUCUCACUGUGGCCCCCGCAUGGCGCCGCCUCGGCUUCGCGCGCCGCCUCACGGAGCGACUCGAGCAAGGUUCCGACAUCAACAACGCGUGGUUUGUCGAUCUGUACGUGCGCGCGGGGAAUAAAGUCGCGGUCGACAUGUACAAGGGGAUGGGGUAUUCUGUUUUCCGGCGGGUGCAGAACUACUACAGUGAUGAUCCCACGGGGAUGUCGGAGACUGGGGAGGAUGCGUUUGAUAUGCGGAAGCCUUGUAGUCGGGAUAAGAAGUUGGUGCAUGUUCGGGAGAAUGGGGAGCAGUUUGUUGUUAGUCCGGAGGAUGUUUCGUAGACACCCAGAACACUGUUCAAUACGUCAUGAAAAUGCCGAGAAAAAUAACAGAACUUUUGUGAUAUUAUUACUCGGAAUCAUAGCCGAGGGCCAUGUAGACCAAUUGUCGAAGAUCGUGAAGAGCAUGCAAAAGGAGACCCCAACUCACGUCUUGACUAGCAACCGCGGUCCAGUACGCAAAAAUCGGAUUGUCG